AUGGAUGAUGAGUUCUUCACAAUGUCUUCCACAAUUAGGAGGACACAUCACAAAUAUGUCACGAUCCUUUUGACCGGUUCCGAAAAUGAGGGAGACGUCCAAUCGGUUCGGCCAGGGCAUGCAAUGCAGUUUUGUCUUCAGAGAAAAGAGUAUCCUGCUUCUCCUAUCGACUUCAAGACAUGUCAAAGUCCAUUGCAGUCUUUUGAUAAAUGGACGCAAUUCAUGAUAAGUCAAGAUUGCGUGAAGGCCAAUCUGACCAAGGCGCAAAUUAUCAAUACUGUCAUUGCUUCUGCUACACUUAGAAUCAGGAAAGACAUUGCGGGCUUGAUCACUUUUAUCUACAGAUGGUGUCCGGAUACUCACAAGACCAUAUGUAGGUGGGGUGAAAUGACCAUUUAUUUGGAGAGUGUAGCCAUCUUGCUAAAUCUUCCAAUAACAAGGAACUUUAACAUCACUUUUUCCGAUGAAGAAGAAAAAAUGCAUACCAUCCUCGUCAAGAAGUCUGCAGGAUUCGUUCGGAAGGAAAAUGAGACGAAAUGCUCCUCUAACUGGUGGGUGUCUGAAUGGUUCCCGGGUGAAUCAGGGCAAAAUCAGGAGCUGAGUAGUAUGCUCCAUGUUGCGGCAUUUUUGGUUCUGUGGCUAUCCAGGGACAUUGUUGAUGGUUGCUCUGGAAAGAAGGAGAUAAAACAGGAACUCAUCAAAUUUUCCAUCAAAUUGGCGAAAGGUGUCAUUCUCCUCAUUGGUUGCUUGUUUCUUGGAUCUUGGUACACCUAUCUGGAUCCUCUGACAACAGACAUGCAUGUUUCCAAUGGUUAUAUAAAAGUAGACUCAUAUGUCCAAGUUGCUUUACUCCAAGCGUGGUUGUGGGAGCACUUCAAAAAUUAUGCUCCUAACUCGUUGGCUUCAUUUCCUGAAUCCCAUGGCGGCUCUAGGAUACUUCGUUGGUGGAAUAAGCGUCCAAAAGCUGGAUCAAAUCUCAUUGAUUUCCUCGACAACGUGUACGCAAUUAACUUUCGUCCCUGGGCUCCGGUCUAUGCAUCCAUAGUUCAUGCGAACACUUUUGCCUCUGCCCCGAACAAGACUUUUAUUUUCACUAAAAACAAUAUGAGAGUUGGAGAAAUCAUAUUCAUGCGAAGCUAUAUUCCCGUACAUGUGUCGUCUUUUUUCCGAGGAUCUUAUGAGGCCGUUCCUUAUAACAUUGACAGGGCUGCUCGGCAUAUGGGUUUUGACCAAGGAGUCCUAUUUCUUCGUUAG